GCUUCAUAAGUUAACGCAAACCAUUGUCAGACCAUAAUUGCUACAUGCAACGGUAGUACACUCCACGAAAAGCACAAACCUAAUUGGAAGAAAGUCACUACCUAACCCACGCUUCUAGUAGGCCUGUUCGUUUAGUUAUUUGGCAGUGGAAACUCGCGUACUGUAUCUGGCGUAGAGAGUUUAUAUUACAGUAGACUAACAUUCCGUUGGGGAGAGAACAGCCGAAAGAUGAAUAACUCCGAAUGUUGCUUACGGAUGGGAAUGAUGACACUCACAUUGUUGCUAGGGGCAACGUUAUGCAACUGCAUAUUGGAGGGCCAAUCACAGAUCAGAAUUGGCAAGAAAUCUUGGCCCUCUAACGAAAGGAUAUACCAUUAUGAUGAGGACAGCGAUGGCUAUAUAUCCGAGAAUGAGCUUGGAUAUCUCAGGAUUAUGAGCAACGAUCCCCUUGCGGUCUUCUUUAGGAAAACAGACUUAAAUGGAGAUGGUUUGUUAGACCAGAAUGAAUUGCGAAGGAAAUUGCCUCAAUUGAAAUAGGAUGACCGCCCUCUGUUGUUUCGCUUCUCAUCAACGUGCACAUUGGAGACUACCAAUAACGUACAAUUAUUCACGGAUUUAAGACUAAAACCAAAGACAUUUUCUCAGUCGUGGGGGCGCACUCGCUGAAACUUUGCCCAAAUUAUUCCGAUGGUAAUAAUCUUGUGGAUACAAAUUAAAAUUUCAAUAAGACAGGUUACUCAUACCCUCUAAAAUAAUUAAUGUUUAACAAAAUUACUAAUUAUAACACAAAAUGUGAACUAACGCUGAAAUUAUUCGUAAUGCAAAUUUAAUUGGGAUUUCAUACAGUAUGUUUAUUUUUUAAUAUAAAAUAGUCCAUCAAUUAUAAAAAUAUAACAUCUUUUGAGAUUUGUAAUGUUUUGAAAUAUGCUUUUCUUUGUGGCCUGACAUUUUUUUAAUGUAGGCAUAUUAAAUAGAUGUUUGCUUUAAA